UUGCCAUCAUGUAUAAUAUUUAACCCCGGUCUAAUAUCAUGUAAACGCCUCAGUUAGAACAUUUUAAUGUGCUCAGGCGACAAGGAAAAAGCUGUGGGUCGGUUGCGGCGGUUGUUUUUGAGAAUCGCGGGGUUUGUAGUUCUUUAUCCCGCUGCUGUCACGCAUGCGAGUCCGCUUGCCUCGCACACGUGCAGCCGACAGAAAACCGACAACUAUUCAGUGUAAUUCGUCAAGCUUCCCACAUUUUGUCAGUCAUGUCGUUUAGUUUUAACUUCGAUGUACAUGUACAAACAGGUCCGGACGACGUGGACUGCAAGGAGUUGCAAAAUGGAAAGCCAGAUUAUGCAGCUAAAUCUACAGAGGAUAGUGACAAGCCAGCAGAGCCGGUAAAACUGGCCAAAGAGCACCAUCCAUCAUCAGAUCCAGAUUUGCUCCUUAUGGAUGCUGUCCCUGAAACAGUCACCAUUGGCACGCUUCCUCCUCUCCACUUCCUGAAUGAGACUGUGUUUGAGAAGACAGCCUCAGAGAGAGAAGAUGGGGAAAAGAUUCUUUCUCGUACUGCUGAGCAGAGGUCUGAUCUCAUUUCUGGUGUUUAUGAGGGUGGGCUGAAGGUGUGGGAGUGCACUUAUGACCUUCUGGAGCUGAUUGAGAAAGAUGGAGAGACUUUUGGGGGGAAGAGGGUUUUGGACCUGGGCUGUGGGGCGGGAUUGUUGGGAAUACUGGCUCUGAGAAGAGGAGCCAGGCAGGUCCACUUCCAAGAUUAUAACAGCACAGUUAUUGAACAGCUCACAUUACCAAAUGUACUGCUGAACUGCCAUGAGGAUGAUGUGGAGAGUGAGGAAGAUGAAGAAGGGAAGGGUAAGGGAAAGAAACAUAAAGACGGUGUUUGCAAGAAGACAGUGACAGAAAAGGACAAGGAGAAGGAGGAGGCAAGGGAUGAUGAUGAGCCACCACCAAAAAAGAGAGCCUUAGCUCCAUCCCAGCACACAUCACUGACCAGGUGCCGUUUCUUCUCCGGUGAUUGGACCACGUUCCUUGCUUUGGUUUUGAAAGAGGACCCGGCUCCCAAAUAUGACAUUGUUUUCACUUCAGAGACCAUCUACAACACAGCAUAUUACCCAGCACUGCAUGAGGUCCUGCACAGACUGCUGGCACCAGAUGGACUUGUAUAUCUGGCCACCAAAUCCCACUAUUUUGGCGUAGGAGGUGGGCUACACUUGUUCAAGAACUUUGUGGAGCAGAAGGGUAUUUUCUCUAUAAAUCACCUGUGGGAUAUGGAAGAAGGACUUAAGAGACAUGUUGUGGGCCUGCGCUUCAAAAUGGUAAAGACCUCUUGAAUUAGUUAAGCGGUCCUACAUAACAGUAUGUGCCUUCACACAGUCUACUCUCUGUAACUGUAAUUCUGUAACUUGAUGUAUACCAGCCGGGCAAAAAGUGGAUGUUCUGGAAAGUGCAGAAGUGUAAUGAGUUCAACUGAGGACUGUCAUGGACUGUGAACCCAGAAUCAAAAGGUGUGGUUAAUCACUACGUUGAUCAAUAUAAAUGGUUGUGGAAAAACACCACACCUUGUAGAGAGUUGUGAAAAUUACAGGAAAUGAAUGAAUACAGAAUUUGUAAUGAAAUCUUUUUACUCUGCUGUAUUUAAGUUGUGUAUGUUACCACAGAAAUGGUACAAAGACGUGCUAGAAUAAAAGAUGCUGUUUCAUCUUCCAUUUGCUCUUUGGU